AUGUUUGGUUGUGAAGUAGUUCUGUUCCGCUAUGCGCCACAAGAUGUCGCUGGAAGCUCUCCUCACUGCACCCACUGUAAACAUCAGCUGUUUCAAUCAGGCUCAACUAGCUGCUGCUGACAUGCUAUCUAACAGGUUGGUCAGCCUGGAUAGCCAACUCACUGUUGCGGUUGAUAAAUGCAACACUGUGAUAGCAGGGGGUCUGACGACACAUGCAAGAUCGAGUGGACGUGAUGACAUGUGACUGCGUUUAGGAAAACCUGAAGAUGGACAAGGAGAGCAAACCGGCGUCUGCUGUCCGGUCUGUCGACCAUAAACAACAGAGGAGAGCGGGGAAGGAGUCUGCUGAGCUGCACGCAGCCUCAUCACCACCUCUGAUGUUACCAAACUCAAAGCUGUCCGACCACAGUAGUUUAAGAGGGAAUCGGUCAAGUGUGAGCCCAAAGGAGAAUCCAUCAAAUACGUAUGGAGUUUCUGCAGGAAAAGGAGAAGCGUCAAGGAGUCAUGGCUACAGAAGCAACCGUCAUGUUAGAGAGACAUCAAAAAGCAACAAUGGCUCUCCUGCUAAAGGCAGAGGUCACAGAGGUGCCCGAUCUGCCCCGAACUCUGCAGGAAAGUCACAACCAGCACAGACAAACAUGGUUCCAUUUGAAGUGAAGAUGACUGAUUUCCCAGAGUUAGCUGGUGUUUCCCUGGGCAAAGCAGCCCCCCCUCUUGUUCAGAGAGUGUGCUGGGGUCCCAUGCCUCCAUCUUCAAUCCCUCUAACGCAAACAUCUGCGUUUUCUAGGAAGUCUGGCAGGAGAGGAUCCCUUACGCAGCCUGAACCCCAGCAAGUAGCCACUAAUUCUAAGCCAGAUUCCUCUGCUGCUUCGUCAGGUCAAACGGUGGUGACUUCCUGGGCUACUGUCGCCUCUCAGCCUCCAAAGAAACCCGUCCCUAAAGAGGAGACAAUCAGCAGCAGCCACACGCAGAUGGAGGAAAUUGCUGCACAGCACGAAGAAGGAACGCCGGGAAAGAAAAAGCGGAAGAAAAAGAAGAAGAAGACUAAAGGUGCCGGUGAAGAUGCAGAUUCUGAAUCGGAAGAGCCAGCAAUUUAUCAGGAGCCUCCAAAAUUUGAGGAUGAAAAAGAGUUUCCAGGCUUGACUCUUGCUUGCACUGGAAUUGAUAGAAAGAUAACAAGCAGUAAUGCAGGAAAACUAUGCAAUGAGGAAAACCAAAGAGAAGGUGUUCAGAAUCAGACUGACCAAAGCAAGGAAAAACCACCUGCACCAAAACCUCAGCCCACGGAGACAGCUAAAAAAGGACAGAAAGCUGAAAAACUGUCUGGGAAGAAGAGCAAAGUUCCUGUUCAGCUGGACAUAGGAAACAUGUUGGCUGCCCUGGAAAAAAAGCAACAGUCUCAAAAAGCUAAGCAGGACGCCAAACCCAUCAUUCUUUCAGUUGGAGGAGGACUGCCUGUUGUUCAGAAGCAACCAUUAGUCCAAAAGAAGCCACCCUGGCAGCAGGAUAAAAUUGCUCACAAUCCACUGGACUCCACCAGCCCUUUGGUGAAGAAAGGCAAGCAGAGAGAGGUGCCCAAAGCCAAGAAACCCACUCCUCUCAAGAAGAUCAUUCUGAAAGAAAGGGAGGAGAGGAAACAAAGACGUUUGUUGGAGGAGAGGGGGCUGCUGCCUGAAAAUGACUUUGAGCCUGCUAAUGAUGCUGCAGAGGAAGAGCAGUAUAAAAUAAAUGCCACAGAUGAGGCUGGGAGUCCUACAGAGGAAGUUGAUGAUCAGACAGAGUUAAAUGGUACAAACAAGAUGUUGAAAGAGGAUGAUGAAGAGACCUACAACGAUAAGACCAUAGAGCAGCAAACCUCCUCACCUCCACCCUGCUCAGUCAAUCGACCCAAAAUCCACAGCAGAAAGUUCAGAGACUAUUGCAACCAGAUGCUGAGCAAAGACGUGGACGAGUGUGUGACGGUUCUGCUGAAGGAGCUGGUUCGUUUCCAGGAUCGCCUGUACCAGAAGGAUCCCAUGAAGGCCCGCAUGAAAAGACGGAUUGUGAUGGGGCUCAGAGAGGUCCUGAAGCACCUCAAACUCAGGAAGAUCAAGUGUGUUGUCAUCUCGCCCAACUGUGAACGUAUCCAGUCCAAAGGAGGCCUGGAUGAAGCUCUUUACAACAUCAUCGACGCUUGUCGUGAACAGGGGGUGCCAUUCGUGUUUGCCCUUUCUAGGAAAGCUUUGGGGCGCUGUGUGAACAAGGCAGUGCCUGUCAGCCUGGUGGGCAUCUUCAACUAUGAUGGUGCACAGGACUUCUAUCACAAGAUGAUCGAGUUGUCCUCUGAGGCCAGGAGAGCCUAUGAGGUGAUGGUGUCAAGCUUAGAGCAGACAGGCCAGGCAGAGGCGGAGCAGGGGGUGAACACUGAGGAGGAGCUGCAGGACAGCAGCCCGGCUGAGGAGGCUGAGCCCAGUCCUGAUGUCACACCGUCAGAGGAACCAGAAUACAUUAAAAUUUGGAAGAAAAUGUUGGAGAAGGAUUGCAAUCACAAAUUUCUGAACUUUGAGGAGCAGCUGAGAUCCAUGCACUUGGAAAGUGAAUGUACUGAAAACACUGAUGAUGAUGAUGAGAAGAGUUGACGGUGGCUAAGCCUUCUGUGCCUCACAAAAUGAGCCCGUGUGUGCUGUUUACCAGCUUAGAAGGAACUAAAGACUUGAUCGCACAUGCAGAAAAAGAGCAAUGCAAGGUGCUCUGCUGCUAUGAUUGUCCGCCUGAGCAUUUAGUCAGAAAAUUAAUAAUGUUAAUGCUAAUAUUUGCAAUGAAUCAUGAUUUCCUUUCUCUCUCUUUUUUUUUUCUUUUAAAAAACAGAAAGCUAAUGUCAUGCUUCUGUGUUUGAGUUGAAGAUAAUUGGUCAAAGUUGUGUAUUUUAAGUGUGUGUGUGAGAGAGAGAGAGAGAGAGAGAGAGAGAGGGGUAUAAACUGAGGAGGUUGACCAUUCACUUACUAGGACCAAACCAGUCGCUUGAAGAGAUCCCACAGUAUGAAUUUUCAACCAUGUUGUCUGUGAACAUGUUCUAGUGGAUGCGCAGAGGUUUAUGUGCUGAGCGUCUGUCAAAUAUCAACUAGUUAUAUCAUAUCAAGAAAUUAUCAGUGAUGUUUUUGACACUGUAUUUUUGACUUUGAACCUUUACAGUGCAUUUUGUUUUUCUCUUCCCAGGUAGGCUCAGUUGAAAGUGUAUUUUUGUCAUUUUUGCCAUUAUUUGAGAGGGACAUCAGAGGGAUGACAGGAAAUGAGUGCAGACAUAGGCAAACUGUGGACUUUGUAAUUACGCUGUCAUUGUCUUAUAUGGGCACUAAGGGCCAGUAAGAUUUGAAACUUGAUGUGACGCGUGUUAUUCGCAUUGUGGGAACUUUGAGCACAAAAGAAAACUAUACCUACAAAGCUUUCCUACACAUGCACAAACUGUGCAUAAGUUGUUGUUGUAACUGUGCAUACAACUAGAAUUUCACAAACUUCACAAGCCCACAGUCUGAAACCCCCUCAGUCUUUUUUUUUUCUUGUAUAAGAAAUGAAAUCCUUUCUUGUUCUUUAUCCUGAUUGCACUAUAUAAUGGAGCCUGUUUUUUUUUUUUGGUUUUUUGUUUAUUAGACUACCAAAGUAUUGCACAUUGUAUGUAGUACUACUAACUUGAUCCAGUUAGGAAGUUGUUUAGUGAGUUGUCUGUCUGCCUAUAUGAGGAAAAAAUAACUAAAAUAUCAAAAUGAUAAAAUGUCACAAAUUAGAGUCAUUUGAAAUGUUAACAGAAAAUUAAUCAACAGUCAGAAUUCAGACUGAGUUGAAUAUUGUUAUGGUUUGGGAUUAUGACUUAUGAAUACAUACCUUUGUAGUUAUUUUGAAGUAGAGACUGGUAAUACAUGCAUUUCAGUUGUAGAAAGGUGGUGUUAUGUCAGGUGUGGUUAAGAAAAAAAAGGAGUCUUAGGUUCCAAGUCUUAGUUUAAGUGCAGAAAAAGUAUCAAUUUUGUUAUGAUUGGAACAACACAGGUGUUAAUAAUAGCAUGAAUUAUGACUGCAUUCCGUUUGUUAAUGUCAGUUCCAGGGUCCAGAUAUAUCAUUUUGACUGGUAAAACUUGUGCUUUUCCUUCUGCUGUGGAACAAAAAAAAAAAAAGUUUUUUCGCAGUCUUAAAUUACACAUGAAUCUUGCAGCAAUAAUUCAGCAUUUUUGAAAAUAUGCUCAUUUGCUCUCUGGUGGCAAGUUUUGUCUGUUAAAUAUAAAGCUACAACAAA